AUGCACAUCUUCUGGACUGCCAUUCCCUUCAGGAGGUUUUACUCCGACGAACCCGAGCUUAUUCCUCCGGAGCUUCGCAGACCCCCACCGAUCAAGCCUCCCCCGGACGGUGGAUGGGGAUGGGUGAUUGUCUUAUCAUCGUUCCUCUAUAAUGUCCUGGUACUGGGAUAUCACAACUCCUUCGGAGUGUACCUCAUCAGUCUCCUCAAAGAGUUUGGGGAGACAAGUUCUAAAACAGGCAAGUUACCCUAAACUGCACAUAAUCACAUAACGUAUCCAACCUGGUCUCAGAGCAUUUCGUAUUCAACCCAAUAUCAUUGUGAAAUGUAGAAUUAGGUUACACACUGUAAACUCUACAGGUUUAUUAACGUUUACACAUCUCAUGUCAUGAUCACAAAAUCACUUUGUAGCUAAUACAAAAUAAUUGUUGAAAUGUGUAGUUACAACAGUAAUAAACAUGUUAUAAACAAGUAGUUACCUAAACUGCACAAAUUACAUGCUGUUGUAUCACAUCAAUCAGAAGAUUGCUUACAGAUGCUAUAGAAUAGAUACAUUGAAAUCUGCUAGCUACCUAACCUAUGACCUACUCUCUGCUGUCCUGUAGCAUGGGUUGGCUCCAUCAGCUAUGGUUUCAUCAUGGUCUGUGGGCCCCUGUCUGGGAAGCUGACAGUCAGGUACGGGGCCAGAGAGAUCUCCAUCCUAGGAUCCCUCAUCAUCAUGAUCUCCACAGUGUGCUCGUCCUACGCACCCAAUCUAGGAACACUGUUCUUCACACACGGCUUCCUCACUGGAGUGGGCUCGAGCUUUGCCUUCACCCCAGGUUGGUACAAGGGAGGGAGGGAAUUAGCUAGUGGUUAGUUAUACUAUGGCAGGGGUCGGCAACAGGCGACCUGCGAGUUAGUUUUUUGGGCCCCCCAAAGUUUUUAGGAUGAUAGUUUUGGCUUUAAAAAAAAGCUCCAACAAAAAUUGUCCCGCGGCUGAAUCUAGUUGCCUACCCCUGCACUAUGAAUUCACUAAAACUUCCAAUCCUUCCACAACUUUUCUAGUUCAUAUUGUAUUCUCAUGGCCAGGACAGCUAACACAUUAUCUCACCUCCAUCUCCAAUCUCCCUCCUCCUCCUCCUCCUCCCGUGGGGCAGGUAUGAUCAUGGUGAGCCAGUACUUCACCACCAAGCGUUCCCUGGCCACGGGGAUAGUGAUGUCAGGGGGAGCAGCAGGGGCCCUGGUCCAGACCCGGCUCCAUCUGUUUCUCAUAGACGCCCUUGGCUGGAGGCAGAGUCUCCGCGUGUUCUCAGGUCUCAUGAUUAUUUGUGUCAUCACCGGCUUCACCUACCUGCCACUCAACCCCAAAGGUACUGCAGGACGUUCAGACCCACAACGGUUUUUAUUUCUUUAUUACAGGUUACCAUUUUAAAUGAUGAGCAUACAGUAAUGGGAUCAUUUAUCACAUCAUCAUGACUGAGUGCACAAUUGAUUUAACUACCUCAACUGAUUUUUAUGUGUACGCUUUCAAACUAAAAUUGUAUAAAAAUUUCAUAUUAAUCAAAAGCUAUGUGUUACUGAUGAGGUUUGAGUGAUUUAUAUUUCAAACGUAUUUGAAAGGUUACACUAGAAGUGUGGUGGAUAAUUUGAAGAACUCUCCCUUGAAGAAGUUUGUUGUGGACCUUGGCCUGUGGAAAGACAAAGUCUUUCUGAUCUGGGUUGCAGCCAAUGGACUGUGUAAAUUUGGAUUCUUCAUUCCAUAUGUCCACUUGGUAAGUUACAUACUGAUGUAAACAACUGAAGGCUCAGUUGAAACAGUACGACAUUAUAGUUUGGAACCAUUCUGUAGUUUUACUCAUACCUCAAAGAUGAGUGAAUGUAGUUUAGGUACAAAAUGUGUGUGUGUGUGUGUCCUGCUCUAGGUGAAGCAUGCGGUUCAGCUGGGCAUCCCAGUCCACAGCGCCACUAACAUCAUGCUGUUCCUAGGCUUGACUAGCAUGAUCAGCCGGAUCAUCUUCGGCAGGAUCUGUGACUCAGAGAGAAUCAACAGGCUCUACAUCAACCAGGCCUCUGUGUUCGGUGUUGGUGGGUUGCCCGUACGCCUAUACGUCCUCACUGUCAUUGUGACCGUUAGUAAAGCAAUACGACACGAGAGAGUGUAUGUUAUGGCGAUUAUUAUCACGGCUGUGCUGCAGUAAAAUGUACAAGGUGAAUUCUGCAGACCGUACACAACCGAACACCUGUCUCCUACUGUGUUUCCUCCUGUGUUGCCAGGUCUGCUGUACAUGUUGAUCCCACUGCUCCAUUCCUAUGUCUCUCUGGUGGCCUUCGGCCUGUUCCUGGGGAUCGCUGAUGCUGGCAACUACAUCCUGCUCCCUGUCCUGACCUUUGACCUGAUGGGGGCCGAGAAGAUGCCCGUGGCCUGGGGGUUAAUGCUCACGGUCAACGCUGUCAGCUGCUUGGGACCGCCCUUUGCUGGUAGGUUCACUGCAGGUGAUGUUGUUGUUGUAACAGUACUUAUUCUUAAGUUGGAGGAGUGUAAGCCAUGUCAGUACAGCCAAACAAUGACUGAAUUGGAUCAAAAGUUAAACCAAUCUUUUUGGCAGAUGUGCAGAGGUUACAUCACUGUCUUUGCAUGAAGGAACAUCAUAAAAGUAGUAUGAUGAUAAAAGUCAUAGUCAUCAUAUCCUUGUUGUUUGAAGUCUCAGUCAUUGUCCCGGUUGUUGUCCCGGUCAGGUUGGAUGAAUGACAUGACAGGAAGCUACAACUUGGGCUUUGUGGUUGCCGGGGUGUUGAACGUGGCAGCCUGUUUUGUCUUGGCCUUGAUCCCCAUAGCCAAGAGCUCAACCAGACAGACACGCAAGAGCAUCAUGAACGUCACCAUCGACCGCUCCACAUACGAAAUCACGCAGUGGGCCGACAACCUGCCUCCUAUCGCGGAGGUAAUACACCGGUACCUCUCUCUACUCACCAGAAGAUGACACUGUUGUUCUUUUGUAUAAGGGUUAGCAAUCUAACAAAAUAUUUUGUUUCAUUUUCAAUUCUAAUUGAUGGUGCAAGUUUUUCCUGACCACGUGACUUGACCAGGAAAAAAGUUAUGGUCACGAAAAACUUCUAGCCCUAAUUAUAAAAUGUAUAAUUACUCAUAAUACUUCAAUAUCAAUUGUCAAAUAGGAGGAGCCACCAGUGUCCAAAUAUGUGAACUACUUCUCUACGACUACGUUCCGUAGUCCAGAGAUUACUGAGAGUAGACCUGAGGUUUACAGAGGAGAUGAUGCCGAAACCGCAGGACCUGCUGUCAACCGGCUAUAG